AUGUUUCCACCCCCAUGCUCCACCCCCAACAUACCACCUGAGGAAGUGUGCACGCUGCUCAUCCACGUGACCCACCUGGUUCCUCUCAGCCAGGAACACCUGGUUAUCAAGCUAUGUCAGCUCACACACCACCUCCUCAACCAGCUACAGGUGAUAGUGGACGAGCAGACGCUGGAUGUGUGUGUGUGUUACGUGGUCCGUGCGCUGGGCGUGUGUAGCCCCUGGACUCACAGUGAGGUGCUGCAGGCUUUGUCUACUCUGAUCUAUGGAAACGGACCUCGCUGCAACCGGCACCUGAGUGAGUUGCUUGGUGAUGGUGGAGUACUGCGUCUCUAUAGCGACCCGUCUCAGCCAGACAUGGAGCUGCGUCGUGCUGCUCUCACCUGUAUGGCUAACAUCUGUCUGGGUGUCCCAGGGCAGGCGUCACUAGAAGACCCCUACAGGGGUUUGUGUUUCAGAGUCUUCCUGCAGACGCUCCAGUCACCCAAACCGCCCGACGCUGACGAACUGCUUUACUGCACGGUGAUCCAGGGAGCAGUGAAGGGCCUCCAGUCCUCUCUGUGUGGAGGGAAGUGGAGGUUUGGAGGCCAGGAGGAACUGGGAGCUCUACUGGCAGUUCUCAAGAGGUUCAUGUUCCAUGGUUGUCCAGGAGUGGGUGUGGAGUGGCCGUCCGUGCUGUACCCCGCUCCCCUGCCUCAGUACGAAACCUGCAGCACCCCCAAACCCCCUGAACCUCCACGGAACCCCCCCACCCAGACCUCAGGGAAUAAGAAGAAGAAGUCUCGAGGACGGGGGAGGAAAGGAGGAGUGGAUGAGGAGAGAGAGGCAGAACCCGGGCUCCAGAGAGGGGGAGGAGGAGGGGAGGCCUGGUCUAAGACCCCUGGAGCCCCACCUCCGGCCGUUCCAUCCCUCUAUCCGUUAUGGAAGAGGAGCAGCUCUGAUUCAGAGUUCUCUGAUCCUGAGGGAGCAGCACACAGCAAACUGAGGUUGUUCCAUGGCAGGGUGCGGCAGGGUGUGUUGCUGUGUCUCCUAGCCGUGGUGAAGGCAGUGGAGAGGAGAACGCUGUAUGGCUAUUGGUCGUCAUUCAUACCGGACGCUCCCAUUGGUGGACCACCUCCUCUCACACUGCUCACUGUAGUACUGAAGGACCCUUCACCUAAGGUGCGUGCGUGUGCCCUCCAGGUGGUGUCUGCGUUGCUGGAUGGUUCCCGUCAGUUCCUGGGCGUGGCUGAAGACUUGGCUCCGCCCAGAACCUCUUACACUCCAUUCUCCUUCUCCCUCGCCACCGCCGUCCGCGAGCUGCACCGCUCUCUCUCCCUGGCGUUGCUGGCCGAGGCCUCUGCCCACACACUCACUCAGAUCAUCAAGUGCCUGGCUCACCUGGUGUGUAAUGCUCCGUAUAACCGUCUGAGACCCGGCCUGCUCAGCCCGCUGUGGAGACAGAUACGACCCUACCUACGACACAGAGAUGUGAACGUGCGUGUGUCUGUUCUGACACUGUAUGGAGCGUUGGUGUCGACCCAAGCCCCUCUCUCUGAGAUACAGCUGCUCCUCACACAGCCACACACCUCGCAGGAGACGGCGCUGAGCUGGAGACAGAGGGAGGGGUUUUCCACACCCUCACCACACACUCCACCCUCCCACAAAUACCACAACUCACACACCAAACAAACACACUCUCCUCGGGGCUCACACACUCCAGGAGAGGAGGAGCCGGGCGUGCCCUGGCUGCUGCAGCUGUGUGUGUCGCUUGUUACUCAACCCAGAGAUGACCAAUCAGACAGCGAGGGUCCAGGAGGAGGGGCUACAGCUCUAGAGCCCUCCCCAGUUCGCCUGGAGGCCUUACAGGUGCUAGCCCACCUGGUGCGCGGUUACUUCCCUCUGUGCCAGGCGUGUCUGUGUGAGCUGGGGCAGCUGAGUGCCCGCUGUCUCCGAGAGACAGACCCCUCCAUACAACUACACGAAGCCAAGUUACUGGAGGAGUUGGGGACAGGUAUCAUCCAACAGUACAGAGCAGACAGCAGCCAGGCAGAGAGCUGCAGUGUCCCGAUCUCACAGGUGGUCCAGUUCUGGGUGGAUGUAUUGAGUGGUCCGUUGAACGGGCCUGACCUACUGUUGGGCCUGACCUACAGUGAUAACUCUCUGGUGAAGGCUGCUGCAGUCAGAGCUCUGGGAGUCAACAUUCUGUUCCCCUGUCUACGAGAGGAUGUGAUGUUUGUAGCAGACACGGCCAACGCCAUCCUGACAGCCCUGGACGACCGCUCCCCCAAUGUCCGCUCCAAGGCCGCCUGGUCGCUAGGCAACCUCACCGACACACUCAUCGUCAACAUGGAAUGUGUAGGGGAGGUUUUCCAGGAGGAACUGUCUGACAUGUUGGUCCUCCAGAUGCUACAGUCGGCCACCAAGGCUUCUAUUGACAAGGACAGGGUGAAGAGUAAUGCGGUGCGUGCGUUGGGGAACCUGCUCCACUUCCUGUCUGUCAGUCAGCUGACCCGGCCGGGGUUCCAGCGCCCCCUGGAGGAGGCGGUCAGCGCACUGGUCACCACGGUCCAAUCAGAAGCCAUGAUGAAGGUCCGCUGGAAUGCCUGCUAUGCCCUGGGCAACGCCUUCAGGAACCCUGCCCUGCCCCUCGAUUCUGCUUCCUGGUCCGGCGAUGCGUUUUCCGCCCUCUGCUGUGUUGUCACUUCCUGUCAGAACUUCAAGGUGCGCAUCAAGUCUGCUGCUGCCCUCUCCGUCCCCGCCUGCCGUCAUUGCUACGGUGAUGCGGAGCGGUUCGGGCGUGUUUGGCGCUCACUGGCCGCGGCGUUGGAACACAGCGAGGAGACGCAGGACUUCCUGGAGUACCGCUACUGCUCCUCUCUCCGACACACACUCACACACGCCCUCACACACCUGCUACGACUCAGCCAAUCACAGGACAUGCCUGCCCUGGGGGUGUCGCUCGUCAUGGAGAAGGGGAGGGGCUUCAAGGAACACCUGGUGAAAUACCUGAGAGGGGGAGGAGGGACGGAG